AUGGUUAAUGCAUCAACAACUGCUAUAAAGAAAAAUAAUCCUAAGAAGAUUGUCAGGAGUGUUGGAGAUGGGGAGGUGGUAGAGUUUGACGUUGUUGUUGGCGAGAAGGGAAAUGAAGCUGCAAAUGUCACUGGACCAAAUGGCACUUCAGUCAAAGGCAGUCCAUAUGCUGCUGAUAGAAACCGUUACCGUGGGAGAUGGUUCCCUAGGAGACGAUAUGUACCGAGAACUCCUCGACAACAAAAUGAUGCAGGUGAGGACAGUCAAAGUCAAGAUCAUGCUGAUGAUGAACAUCAGCCCACACAAAGACCACCACGAAGGCCUUUGAGACGUCCAUUCUUUAGAAAAUAUUACAGAGGUCCUCCAAGAGGACCUCCUCGAAAUAUUGAUCAAGGUGGCAAUGAGGAUGAUCAAGACGAAAGGAAAAAUGAUGAUAGGAUUCCUAGAGGCGGUGGUGGUGGUGGACUAAGACGUGCGCCUAGGAAAUUUUAUCAACGAUACUUCAGGCGCAGGCCUCGCCGCCCGAGAAGUGACACGGAGGGAAGCCAAAGUGGGGUUGAAGGUGAUAAUGCUAAGGACAACGAAGCCGACGACGAAGACCAGCAGGCUCGGGUCUCUGGAUCCCGCCCGCGCCAGGCCUACAGACCGCGGAUGGACCGCCGCAGACCGCGCAGGGGCGGUCAUGCCCGGACCGCUCGGACCGCAUGCCCAGGAAUGGCAGGGGGGAGGACGGAGACGAGGUGAAGCAGGAAGACUACGAGGCCAAGUAUGAGGUCAAGACCGAAGAUCCGGGGAGUGGCUACGAAAACGAUGCAGCCAAUGUCUCGUCUUCGAUGCCGCCCUCGGGGGGGUCCGGAGAACCGUGUGAUUCGGCUCAGACGAACGAAGGCUAUUCAAAAGAGCAGUCGUCUGCUGAGCAGCCUGUUGUGAAAAUUGAAAAUACAUCUCCUGCAGAAGCCUCUACAAAUGAAGCAAUAGUUUCUGCCUAACAAACGGAGCCACACCAUUUUUUUUGAGCUCUUGGAUGAGUCUUAAUAGACUGUUUGCUUAUCAUGUCAUUAACACCCUUGAGAUUUUGAAACUACCAACUUUGUAAUUGUUAAAAAGCUGUGAUUUGAAUGUAUUCGAACAGCCAAGGUAUAGUUUUUAUCAGAUAGCUGUUUGUGAAGUUAUGCCCUCACUGGGUUGAUUUAAAAGAUGCUGAGUAGCCAAAUAACUUUGAAAAGUUUUAAUUUGAAUGCAGUUACUUGUUUAAAAAUAUUACCAUUUAUUCACAUUGAACACAAGUUUUUGACUGAACUAACAUCAUGGAUGUAACUUUGGCUCUUGUUUAUUACUCUAAUUUAUUUUUUAAAAGCUUGAAAGUAUAAAG